AUGGAGUUCGAGUACAUUCCUUCCACUCCUUCAUCUCCAGUCUUGGAGAAAUACACAUUUCUGCAAUUGUAUUUGGCAAUUUUAACACUGCUUUUUAUUGAUAAACUAUUAGAAUUUGAUAGAACAAUUAGAAAAAACAAAAACCAAAAAACAAGAAGCAUAGAUGAUACAAAAGCACGAAUCGGCUCAGGCCCGUGGUGCCGGCAGGAUGGGCAAGUGUCGCGUCUUCGUGCUGCCAGGAAGCCCCGUAGCCACCGACGAGCCCAGAAGUGGCGUGAUGAACAGCACAAGAAGGCCCGUUCGGGCACAGCCCUGGGGGCCAGCCCUUCUGGCGGCGCCUCUCACGCCAAGGGAAUUGUGCUGGAAAAAGUAGGAGUUGAAGCCAAACAGCCAAGUUCUGCCAUCAGGAAGUGUGUCAGGGUUCAGCUAAUCAAGAAUGGCAAAAAAAUCACUGCUUUUGUACCCAAUGAUGGUUGCUUGAAUUUUAUUGAGGAAAAUGAUGAAGUUCUGGUUGCUGGAUUUGGUCGCAAAGGUCAUGCUGUUGGUGACAUUCCUGGAGUCCGCUUUAAGGUUGUCAAAGUAGCCAAUGUCUCUCUUUUGGCUUUAUACAAAGUCAAGAAGGAAAGACCAAGAUCAUAAAUUUUGAUGAUGAAAGCAUGAUAGUAAUAAAUUUUCAUAUACAAAAAAAAAAAAAAAAAA